AUGGCAGCCUCUCCCGCUGGCCGUAUGCUGGCCCGCCAGCUGCAGCAGAUGCAGUCCGAUAAGGAUAUCCCCGGGAUCAGCUGUGGCUUGGUCGACAACAAUGUCUUUGAGUGGGAAGUCAUGUUGAUGAUCUCUGAUGAUGUGAAGCUGUAUGGAGGUGGUUUCUUCCGCGCUCGCCUCACAUUCCCACCAGAGUAUCCUCACAUGCCCCCGAAGAUGAAGUUCGAGUCACCCAUCUUCCACCCGAACAUCUACGAGAGCGGCGAAGUGUGCAUAUCGAUUCUGCACCCCCCAGAGGAGGAUAAGUACGGAUACGAAUCCGCUGCGGAGCGCUGGUCGCCCGUUCAGACCCCCGAGACUAUCCUUCUCUCGGUCAUCUCGAUGCUUUCCAGUCCCAACGACGAAAGCCCCGCCAAUGUGGAAGCUGCGCGGUUAUGGCGCGAGGACCCAGCCGAGUUCAAGAAACGAGUGCGCCGUUGUGUUCGACUAAGCCAAGGCGAGGAUUGA